AUGAUCCCGUCCGUUGCGUUCAAUUAUAUUAUUCAUCAGAAUUUCCAAUUACAUAUUUUACCAGUUGCGAUAGCUGCUGUACGGAAAGUGUAUUAUAAAAAUCAAAGCAUGGCACCAAAAAAGAGAGCCGCAAAGAAAAGUAAAGUGGAGGAUUCAUUGGAAUCGGGGACAGAAGGAGAGAACUCGACAGCAACAGUUAAGCCCGAUGCCGAGGGUAGUCCAACCAAACGGCAGAGGCAGAGCCAUCCGAGUAAUAAAUACAUCGGAGCGCACGUUGGCAUACAAGGUGGGAUAUGGAAAUCGGUGGAAAGCUGCACAGAAAUGGGAGGACAUAGUUUCGCCCUGUUCCUGGGUUCCCAGCGUUCGUGGAAGAGGCCUGCCCUCGACCUGUCAGCGGCGGGGAAGUUCAAGGAGCUCUGCGCUCAACAGGGGUUCGACCCUGCGCACAUUCUACCACACGGCUCUUACCUCAUGAACUGUGGAUCUCCUAAAGAUGAUGUUUAUGAGAAGAGCCAGGCCAUGCUGGUGGAUGAGCUGGGCCGCUGCAGGGCUCUGGGCCUCAGCCUCUACAACUUCCACCCCGGCUCCUCCCUGGGCACCAUCACCACCGAUCAGUGCAUCCAGAGGAUAGCUGGGGCCGUCGACCACGCCCACCGCCAGGUUCCUGCUGUGGUCACCGUGCUGGAGAACAUGUGUGGCCAGGGCCACACGGUGGGGGGUCAGUUCUCUGAGCUGAGGAGCAUCAUAGAGCGGGUCCAGGACCAGAGCCGGGUGGGCGUCUGUCUGGACACCUGCCACGCCUUCGCAGCCGGAUACGACCUGGCGGCUGUGGGAGGAGUGUCGGCCAUGUUGGACCAGUUUGACACAGAGGUGGGACUGCACUACCUCAGAGCCGUCCACCUCAACGACUCCAAAGGUAAGCUUGGCUGUCACCUGGACCGUCAUGAAGACAUCGGCAAGGGUCAGAUAGGAAUCUCAGCCUUCCGGGACAUCGUCAAUGAGCCCAGACUGGACAACAUCCCUCUGAUACUAGAGACGCCCGGACGGCCGGGGUUUGAGUUUGCCGAACAGAUCAAGCUGCUCUACUCUCUCAUUGAAAGCAAAUAGAAGAAGAGCCCUGAGAUGGUUGUUGUCAUAGGGACCAUAAAGACUGAAUGACCUCACAGGUGAAGGUGUUGAUCUUUUCAGGACAGGUGAUGAAAGUUCCCUAAAAAUAGGUGUUUAUGAUUGUUAAUAGAUAUAUAUAUUUUUGAAAACCUAAUCUGAAAUGACAGACAACGUUUAAUUCAUUAUUUGUAUUGGUAUUUGUUAUAACAACCACUUGGGGGCAGUAGAUGAGCAGUAAUGUGCAUUUCCAGGCUCCCAGAACUAUUCAAUUUUAUUGAAACCAGCGUUAAUAUCAAUUGAAAUGUUAGACUUUUGUUGGGGCACCUGUAAUGUGGUUUUCAAGAUAAUUCAAUGACAUUUGUUUAUUUGCCUUGAUUUAAUGUGUUAUCAGCACCAGCAAAAAACAAAACACACACUACUCUGUAGGGCACAUCUGUUGAACACCAGAUAAUUGUUUCAGCUGUUGACUCAUGUGGGGACUUCACACAGACGCAUACAGACACACACACAUACACACACACACACAGACACAGGGACAUACAUUAGCAUGUAAGACCCACACAUUAACACACACCAAAACCACACUAAAGGAUGUAUCACAUUCAACCUCAUGCCAGCAUGAGGUUCAAUUUGAAUAAAGAACGCUGUAGCAACCAA